AUGGGAACUGAACGCGAAGGCAUUAACUUCACUAGCCUGGGCUCUGGUGACGAAGCGCAAGACCAGAUCAGUCUAGAGAAUGCAGAUAGUGGUUGGCUAGAAUCGUUUAAAAAUAUUAGAUCCGAGCCGUGGUUUCAAGUCUUUCUUAUCAGCUUUGUUUGUUUCUGCUGCCCUGGAAUAUACAAUGCUCUUGGGGGGAUGGGCGGAAGCGGUCAAGUUGACCCAACAGUAGCUGCCAAUGCGACGGUUGCCUUAUUAUCUACUUCUGCAAUUUCGGCAGUAUUUUUUGUUGCGCCCCUCUACGAGCUCAUCGGUCCUAAUAUAUGUGUGCUUAUUGGUGGUUGGACCUAUGCUUUGUAUAGUGGCUCACUGCUCAACUACAAUCAUCAUCAGAAUUCUACAUUUGUUAUUGUUUCAGGAGCUAUACUGGGUAUUGGUGCUAGCUUUCUAUGGGUGCCCCAAGGAGUCAUAAUGACAACUUAUAUCAAUGAAAGUCAAAAAGGGCGUUCAAUUGCAGUAUUCUGGAUUAUUUUCAACUUAGGUGGUACCAUUGGGUCCUUAGCAAGUUUUGGGCUGAACUAUCAUUCCAGUGUAGGGACAGUGAGUGAUUUUACUUAUAUUGCAUACAUUGUGAUAAUGCUUUCUGGAUGGUUAUUAGGGUCAUUGCUGCUGUGCCCAGCUGCGAAAUUGAACUACAAAUACCAGGGUGAGAGAAAUAGUGCUGUAGCGAAACGAUACCAGGGAAUUUCUUUGAAGAAGAUUAUCGAAAUGGUUAAGCUAGCAUUGUCGAUCCUGUGUGACUGGAACAUCAUCUUUCUACUGCCUAUGUUCCUCUAUGCUAAUGUAUUUUACUCCUAUCAGCAGAACAUUGUUAACGGUAGUACAUUUAACAUCCGUACGCGAUCGCUUAAUGGAGCCUUGUAUUGGUUCGCACAAAUAUUUGGCGGUAUCACAAUGGGUGCGUUACUUGACACAAGGCAUCUGAAUCGUAGGAAAAGAGCUCUAAUGGGAUGGGCAGUACUUUCUAUCUUUGGAAUGGUUGUCUGGGGAGGAGGUUACAAGUUUCAAUUAUGGAGUAGUAAGAGGAUCCUUGACGGACAUAAGCAAGAUUUGGACUUCACUGACAAACAGGCUAUUGGACCAAUGUUCCUAUAUAUCUUCUACGGAAUGUUUGAUGCCCUCUGGCAGGCUUAUAGCUAUUGGAUUAUUGGAACUAAGUCGAAUGCGCCCGUGAUAAAUGCUAUUCUAGUCGGUGCUUAUAAAACAUGUCAAGCUACCGGUGGAGCUAUGGCUUGGAGGCUCAACGCGCUGGGUAUGGCACCCAUGAGCCAGUUAGCUUUGAAUUGGGCUCUGACUAUGGCCGCCCUGGUAUGUGUUUUGCCUGGAGUAUAUAAAAUCACGGACUCCAAUGUAAAGGAGACUGGACAGGAAACGGAAAAUAUAGAGGGCCACACAAUUAUAGUACUUGCUAAAAACUCGUAA